AUGAAGGUGAAAGGCAAAGGAAUCACCUGCUUGCUGGUCUCCUUUGCUGUGAUCUGCGUGGUGGUCAUGCCCGGGGGCAGGGCCUGUCCCCGUCGCUGUGCCUGUUACAUGUCUACAGAGGUACACUGCACAUUUCGGUACCUGACUUCCAUCCCAGACGGCAUCCCGCCCAACGUGGAACGCAUCAAUUUAGGGUACAACAGCUUGGCCAGAUUGAUAGAGACAGACUUUUCUGGCCUGAACAAAUUGGAGUUACUCAUGCUGCACAGCAAUGGCAUUCACACAAUCCCUGAUAAGACGUUUUCGGAUCUGCAGGCCUUGCAGGUCUUAAAAAUGAGCUAUAAUAAAGUUCGAACACUUCAGAAAGAUACUUUUUAUGGCCUCAGGAGCUUGACACGAUUGCAUAUGGACCACAACAAUAUUGAGUUUAUAAACCCAGAGGUUUUCUAUGGACUCAACUUUCUCCGCCUGGUGCAAUUGGAAGGAAAUCAGCUCAUGAAGCUCCAUCCAGAUACAUUUGUUUCUUUAAGCUACCUCCAGAUAUUUAAAACAUCUUUCAUUAAGUAUUUGUACUUGUCUGAAAACUACCUGACCUCUCUCCCUCAAGAGAUGUUCUCCUAUAUGCCUGACCUAGAAAGCCUUUAUCUACACGGGAACCCAUGGACCUGUGAUUGCCAUUUAAAAUGGUUAUCUGACUGGAUACAGGAGAAACCAGAUGUAAUAAAAUGUAAAAAAGAGAGAAGUCCCUCCAGUUCUCAACAGUGUCCACUUUGCAUGAACCCCAGACCCUCUAAAGGCAAACCCUUAGCCACAGUUCCUGCUGCAGCUUUCCUGUGUAUCAAGCCAACCAUCGACCCGUCCUUGAAAUCAAAGAGCCUGACUAUUCUGGAAGACACCAGUUCUGCCUCAGUCUCUCCCCAAGACUUCAUGGCACCCUUUGGCUCCCUCAUUAUAAAUAUGACAGACCAGUCUGGAAAUGAAGCUAACAUGGUCUGUAGUAUCCAAAAGCCCUCGAGGAUGUCACCUGUUGCAUUCGCUGAAGAAGAUGACUCUAUCAUGCUAAAUACAUCAUUUUCAACAUUUCUGGUGUGCAGCAUAGACUACAGUCACAUUCAGUCAGUGUGGCGAGUUCUGGCUUUGUACAGUGACUCUCCGCUGACACUAGAAAGGAGUCACUUGGUCUCCAAAACACCACAGCUCUGUUACAAAUAUAAACAGUUGGCUCCUAGGCCUGAAGACAUUUUUACCAACAUAGAGGCUGACCUCAGAGCAGAUCCCUCUUGGUUAAUGCAAGACCACGUUUCCUUGCAACUGAACAGAACAGCCACCACACUCAGUACAUUACAGAUCCAGUACUCAGGUGAUGCUCACAUCACUUUAUCAAAGGCAGAGAUGAGGCCAGUGAAACACAAAUGGACCAUGAUUUCAAGAGAUAAUAAUACGAAGCUGGAACACACUGUUUUGGUAGGUGGAACUAUUGAACUGGACUGUCCAGGCCGAGGAGACCCCAUGCCACAUUUGGAAUGGCUUCUAGCUGAUGGGAGUAAAGUGAGAGCCCCUUAUGUUAGUGAGGAUGGACGAAUCCUAAUAGACAAAAGUGGAAAGCUGGAACUCCAGAUGGCUGACAGUUAUGACACAGGCAUAUACCAUUGCAUAAGUACCAAUUAUGAUGAUGCAGAUACUCUCCCCUAUAGGAUAACUGUGGUGGAGUCCUCUGUAGAAGCCUAUCAAGAAAACGGGGUUCAUCACACAGUUUUCACUGGUGAAACACUCGAUCUUCCAUGCCAUUCUACUGCUGUCCCAGAUGCCUCUAUUAGCUGGAUUCUUCCAGGAAACACUGUGUUCUAUCAGUCUUCAAGAGACAAGCACAUUCUUAGCAACGGUACAUUAAGACUAUUACAGGUCACCCAAAAAGACGCAGGUCAAUAUCGUUGUGUAGCAGCCAACCCAUCAGGGGUCGAUUUUUUGAUUUUCCAAGUUUCUGUCAAAAGAAAAGGGCAAAGACCAGUGGAGCAUGAUGGAGAAACAGAAGGAUCUGGACUUGAGGAGUCCUAUCCUACUGCUCACCUGGAGAAGCCAUCAAGUGUACAGCUCCCUACAUCUGCUCCACUGGGGGCUGAGGUUGGAAAACAAGUCUCAAGCAUGGGUAAGAAGCACAACUAUCAGGACUUAGUACACCAGCGGCGUGUAGAUCCAACACACCGACGUUUGAGGGAGCACAGAAGGCAGUUCCCUCCCUCUGCUAGGAGAAUUGACCCACAGCACUGGGCGGCACUUAUGGAGAAAGCUAAAAAGAACGCAGUGUCAGAGAAACGAGCAAAUACCACAGUCAGGCCACCCCCACCAGGUACCCAAUUCUUGAAAACACCUGGUGAGGAAGAGGAUUCUUCAGGCAUGCUCACUCCAGAUGAGGAAUUGAUGGUCCUGGCCACUAAAGCUUCAGAUGUUCCAGCAAGGACAGUGACAGCUGCCUCCAGAAAGAUAUCUGAGAGCCUUGUGACAAAUAAAACUUCUGACACAGACUUCUCCCCAAUUUUGAGUUCACAAAUACUACCAUCUGAAAAACGUAGAGAUUUCAGACUGCCUACUGCUUUUAAAAUAACAGCCACAUCAAAGACUAUAAACCCAGUCGUGUCCAGCAAAAUUCGAAGCACAACCAAUCAACAUUCACCCACUGUCCUUCCACUAUUACCUGAAGGAACCGAAUUGCAGGAUGUUGACCAGAUAGGGGAAAGAAGAGAGCACUUCCAAAGUGCACCCCCAAUAACAGCAAGGACCACAAUCAAAGAUGCCAGUAUCAUUAACAAUGAAGCUGAUGUAUUCUUAGAGUCAGUAAGUACCACAAAUGGUCAUCAGACAUCUGUAACAGGAGGCAAUGAACCCAGGAGCCAUCACUCCUAUCCUCACACUACCCAACAACUUAGCACCUCUGAGGUUCCUUCAGAUCCGCACACUGCUGCUGUUCAUGCUCGGAUUCAGAUUCCUAGAAAUAGUACAACAAACAUCCCACUGUCUAGACGCUUUGGGAGGCGGAGGAAAAUUUGGGGCAGUGGACGAAUUAUCAGCCCAUAUAGAACUCCAAUUCUCCGACGGCAUAGAUAUGGCAUUUUGCAUCCAACAUUCAGAGGUUCUGAAAGAAGCACUGUUGCAUUUUCAGCCACAGCGCUCGAUGCAGUAUGCCCAUCCUGUCUUUCUAGAGAGAAACUCACUACUGCUAUGACAGCAUUGUCUUUUCCAAGUUCUUCUCCCAUCUCCCUCCCCAAAGCCAACAUUGCCAGAGUCACAUCCAAAGCGCCUGCAACUCUAGUCCAGAAUCCACCGUCACUAUCUGAGAAUAAACCAAAUGUGGGUAUCGAGAAAACAACACCCACAAUAAAGUAUUUCAGUGCCGAAAACACCCAAGGGACUUCAACUGGUGCAGUCAUGACAUACACCCCAAUAUCCACAUCUAUGGAAAAAACUCAUAGAACAAAUAUUGGUUACCCAAGUGUGUCCAGCACCAGUGAAGCUAAAAGAGAUUCAGUAAUGACAUCGUCAUUUUUAGGUUCCAUCACCAAGCCAGUAAUACCUACUACUAUGGCUAUCACAAGAUUUCCAAGAAGGAAAAUUCCCUGGCACCAGAGCUUUGUAAAUAACCAUAACCAGAAAGAGACAUUAAGGAAUCAGCAUAAAUUUGGUUUACAAAAAAGCACAGCUGUGAUGUUUCCUAGAAUAUCUCCUGUUUUACCCACAAAUAAAGUUUCCACCUUCCAUUUCACAACACUCUCAGCAAGUGUGAUGCAAACUCCAUCUAUAACAUUGGAGACAACUCACCACAAUACUAUGGAAACACACAGUCCUGAGGGUCUUCCAACAGUGAAGGAGCUGCCCAUCCCACCCCUCAACCCGACAUUUCCUAGUAUCACAAGCAAAGACUUGGGUACCAUAAGCUUUGUAUCAAUGAAGACAGCCACACCAGCAACUCCUCCUCCUGUCCCUGCAUCUGUCAUUGUCUAUGAAACCCAAACAGUGAGAUCUGGGGCACAAAAAGUACCAAGAGAAGAGAAGUCUCAGAAGAACAGGAGUGACCCAAACAUCACUGCAGGCCAUGGUUCUGGCUUCACCAUGUCCACUGGGAUGACACCACCUGUUCUAACCACCACUGAAGCUUCCAAGCCCAAUGUCUUUGCUUUCACUCAUUCAUCCCUAGAAAACACAAUCGAUAUUUCAAGCACAACUGGUCUGCAUUCAAGAACUCUUAAUCUGACAGGUGCAACUGGAGAACUAGCCUCUAUGAAUACUCAAACUUUGAAGAGCACAAUUGCUUCUGAAGUAGCUUUGUCCAGAAAAUCACACCAGAGCACCACAGCUGGGCAAACAAUCAUCAGACACUCCACUGUGUCUACUCCAAUGCCAAUUCCCAUCUCCCCUCCUGCUACACAGAGUGUAGUUACUGACAACGUGGCAACCCCCAUUUUCAGGAUGACAGCAGAUACAGCGGUCAAGCCACAUGGAUCCUCCAGGCAUGAGACUAAUCCACAGCAAUUAGCAGCAGAGGUUGCAACAUCUCCCAAGGCUCACAUAAAUGCCAAGACCACAAUUGGAGCCACUCGCUUUAUCUCCCCUAAUUUGUUACAUUCUACUUCUGUGCCAGCAUUAACAACAGUGAAAUCACAGAAUUCUAAAUGGACUCUGUCUCCCUGGUCAGAAAACCAAUUUUGGCAGAAGUCAUACCCAGAAAUUGCUGAAAAGAACAGAAAACCAGUAAGAAACAUGUUGUCUAACCCAGGCUUGCCAGAUGCCUCCACUCACGCUUCAAAUUGGGAUGGACAGAAAAAUGCAAAGCAGAGUGACUUUGAUAAGAAACCAGUCCAAAAAAUAACAACUUUCAAACGCCUUCCCUUUGACUCUUUGUCUAGGAAUACAUUUGAAAAGCCCAGAAUCCUUGGAGGAAAAGCUGCAAGUUUUACUGUUUCAGCAAACUCAGAUGCAUUUCUCCCCUGUGAGGCUGUUGGAAAUCCCCCGCCUACUGUCCGCUGGACCAGAGUCUCAUCAGGACUUGAUUUGUCUAAAAGGAAACAGAAUAGCAGGUUCCAGGUGCUCCCCAACGGCACUCUGUCCAUCCAGGGGGUGGACAUUCAGGACCGCGGACAGUACCUGUGCUCAGCGUCCAAUCCAUUUGGCGCAGAUCGCCUUCAUGUCACCUUGUCCGUGGUUUCCUAUCCUCCCAGGAUUCUGGAGAGACGUGCCAAAGAGAUCACAGUGCAUUCUGGAAGCACUGUGGAGUUGAAGUGCAGGGCGGAAGGUAGGCCAAAUCCUACAAUUUCCUGGAUUCUGGCAAACCAAACAGUGGUCUCGGAAUCAUCCCAGGGAAAUGGGCAGGCCCUGGUGACACAUGAUGGAACAUUGGUCAUCCACCAUCUCAGUAUUUAUGACCGUGGCUUUUACAGAUGUGUGGCCAGCAACCCAGCUGGCCAGGAUUCACUGCUGGUUAAAAUACAAGUCAUUGCAGCUCCACCUGUCAUUCUAGAGCAAAAGAGGGAAGUCGUCGUAGUGACUUGGGGUGACAGUUUGAAACUGCCCUGUACCGCAAAGGGAACUCCUCAGCCCAGUGUUUACUGGGUCCUCUUUGAUGGUACAGAAGUGAAGCCAUCAAAGCUCAUCAAUUCCAAGUUGUUCUUAUUUUCAAAUGGGACUCUGUAUAUGAGACACGUCACCUCUGCAGAUAGGGGCACUUAUGAGUGUAUCGCGACCAGUUCCACUGGCUCGGAGAGAAGAGUGGUGAUGCUCAUGGUGGAAGAACGAGAGACUAUACCCCGGAUAGAAGUUGCAUCCCAGAGAAGGACUGAGGUGAAUUUUGGAGACAAAUUACUACUGAACUGCUCAGCCACUGGGGAGCCCAUACCCAAAAUCAUCUGGAGGCUACCAUCCAAUGCUGUUGUCGACCAGAGGCACAGAAUGGGCAGCCGAAUCUAUGUCUACCCAAACGGAUCCCUGUUUAUUGGCUCAGUGACAGAAAAAGAUGGUGGUGACUACUUGUGUGUGGCAAGAAACAAAAUGGGGGAUGACUUGAUACUGAUGCAUGUCAGCCUGAGCCUGAAGCCUGCCAAAAUUGACCACAAGCAGUAUUUUCGAAAGCAGGUGCUGCAUGGGAAGGACUUCCAAGUUGAUUGCAAAGCUUCGGGCUCCCCGGUGCCCGAGAUAUCCUGGAGUCUGCCCGAUGGGACGAUGAUCAACAAUGUCAUGCAAGCCGAUGACAGUGGCCACAGGACCAGGCGGUAUACACUUUUCAACAAUGGCACCUUAUACUUCAACAGAGUUGGGAUAGCAGAGGAAGGAGAUUACACUUGCUACGCCCAGAACACCCUGGGGAAGGACGAGAUGAAGGUCCACUUGACAGUUAUAACAGCCGCACCCCGGAUACGGCAGGGCCACAAGACCAACGUGAGAAUCAAGGCUGGGGACACAGCCAUCCUGAACUGUGAGGUCACUGGGGAUCCCAAACCGAAGAUAUUUUGGCUGCUGCCUUCCCAUGACAUGAUUUCCUUCUCCAAUGACAGGUACACAUUCUAUGCCAAUGGGUCUCUGUCCAUCAACAAAGCAAAGCUGCUGGACUCUGGAGAGUAUGUGUGUGUGGCUCAAAAUCCCAGUGGAGACGACACCAAGAUGUACAAGCUGGACGUUGUCUCUCAACCUCCAUUAAUCAAUGGUCUAUAUACAAACAAAACUGUCAUGAAGGCCACAGCCGUGAGACAUUCCAAAAAACAUUUCGACUGCCGAGCUGAAGGCACGCCGCCGCCCGAAGUCACGUGGAUCAUGCCAGACAACAUUCUCCUCACUGCCCCAUACCAUGGGAGCAGAGUAUCAGUCCAUACAAAUGGAACCUUGGAAAUCAGGAAUGUGAGACUUUCAGAUUCAGCCGAUUUUAUCUGUGUGGCUCGAAACGAAGGUGGAGAGAGCGUGUUGGUGGUACAGUUGGAAGUACUGGAAAUGCUGAGACGACCGACAUUCAGAAACCCGUUUAAUGAAAAAAUAGUUGCCCAGCUUGGGAAGCCCACGGUGCUAAAUUGCUCUGUUGAUGGCAAUCCACCACCGGAAAUAAUCUGGAUUUUGCCUAAUGGCAUGCGAUUUUACAAUGGGCCACAGAAGUCUCGGUAUCUGAUAGCAAGCAAUGGCUCUUUCAUCAUUUAUAAAACAACUCGGGAUGAUGCUGGGAAAUACCGCUGUGCAGCUAGAAAUAAAGUGGGUUAUAUUGAGAAACUGAUCAUACUAGAAAUUGGUCAGAAACCGGUUAUUCUAACAUAUGCACUAGGGACAGUAAAAAGUAUCAGUGGAGAAUCUCUAUCACUGCCUUGUGUGUCUGAUGGGGUCCCUAAGCCAAACAUCCAAUGGACUCUGCCAAAUGGUUAUGUAGUAGACAGGCCUCAGAUUCACGGGAAAUACACACUGCAUGACAAUGGCACCUUAGUCAUCAAAGAAGUAACAGCUUAUGACAGGGGGAACUAUAUCUGUAAGGCUCAAAACAGUAUUGGCCAUGCACUGGUUACUGUUCCAGUAAUGAUUGUAGCUUACCCUCCCCGAAUCACGAAUCGCCCACCCAGGAGCAUCCUCACAAGGACAGGGGCAGCCUUUCAGCUCCACUGUGUGGCCCUGGGAGUUCCCAAGCCAGAAAUCACAUGGGAGAUGCCCAAGCAUGCCCUGCUCUCAGGGGCAAGGAAAGGGUGGAUGCCCGGAAGUGAGCUGCUUCACCUACAAGGUACCCUAGUCAUUCAGAACCCCCAAACCUCUGAUUCUGGGACAUACAAGUGCACAGCCAAGAAUCCACUUGGGAGUGAUUAUGCAACAACUUAUAUUCAAGUAAUCUGACAUGAAAUAAAAUUAAAGUCAACAUCUGGACAGAGUUUAUUUUUUGGAAGAAGUUUAAUCAAAGGCAGCCAUAGGCAUGUAAAUGAAUUGGAAUACAUUUACAAUAUUAAAUUUACAAUGGACAUGCAAAAAAAAAAAGACUUGUAAAUAAAUGCAUUAUGAACUGGUACUGAUUUCUUUAAUGGAUCUCAAAACAAACUUUUAACUUAAGGCACUUUUAUUUUGCCAACAAAUAACAAUGAACAUUAAGAGAGAACGGUCCACCAUAAAAUAACAAAUGGCUAAUGUACCUGAAUUUUUCAGUAGAAAAUUGACUUUUUCUUUUACUACCUGUUGCCUAGUGUUCACCUUCUAUCAAUGUUGCAAGCAUGGCACUCUGAACAGAGACAACGGGAAAGGUGAAAUUUGCAGUCUUUAUGUAAAUUUACCAUCUUGAUGUA